AUGGCACUGGUCAUUCCCAUCGAGAUCUGCGACAUGAUCGUUGAUCACGUAGCAGCAACGGUUGAACAGGACUACUCGUUUCGCGAUUUUUUCCCCUAUGCGCUAACGCCAGAUGUUCGCUCAAGGCUUAUAAGCUUACGCUUGGUCAGCCGGAAUUUCUGUGCUGCCGCGUCGCGUUGUUUGUUCGAACAUAUUGUAGCCCCGAUUGACUCCUCGGUGCGCGGCCGAAAUUCUCUACAAGGACUUGCUGAAAUUUCAAGAAGUGAAUAUGCUGCACAGGUCCGCCAUCUAGAGACGGGAUACAACCGAUGGGGCCUUUAUCCCUACGCAUCACUCAGUCAAGAUAUCCAGGAUCUUGCCGGGCUAUUGUCGCCUUGUCUUGCCCGACUUUCUAGUUUGCGCGUUCUAAGAUUCAGGGCCUCAUGCAAGUCAUUGACACGCGACCACGAACGGGCUGCUGUUAAAGCCAUUGUCAAUGCCCUGCAAUAUGUGAGUCUACCCUACUUGGAAGGGCUGGAGCUCUUCUUUCCCAUAGCUCAUGACUUUGGAUACUUUUUCCCCAACCAUUCUACUCCAUUGCACAUUCCCAUGGAGGAUCUACUGCACAACCUGCGAUAUCUAGCGCUGCAUGUCACGGCAUACACCAAAGAGCUGGGACAGCGAUAUCGGAAAACCCCCGUACUCCCUGCGCAUGCCGCCUUGCCGAAUGACUUUUACGCCGCCCAUCUCCUCAGAUUAGUAGAGCUAGCUCCUAAUCUAGAAGCCCUCUGGCUCAGCAGUACCGACGUUCUUCCCUUCGACACUGUCCAAUUCAGCCCAGCGCUUCAUCUCACCUCUCUAUGCCUCGGUGAAGUCCUGAUCACGUCCGACCACUUUCGCGCGCUUAUAGAUCAAUGCAAAGAUAACCUCAAGCAUAUGGAACUGUCGUUGGUACAACUGCACUCUGGCACCUGGCACACGGUCCUCACGCAGUUCCGCCAAUUACCGCACCUCAUAGACUUUUCAAUCAACUCAUGCGGAUACCCAAGCACCGGUCCAAAUGCACAUCUGGUUGGACUGCUUCCCGAGCCAGAUGACCCCGAGCCGCUUGAGACGAUGAGUUCCGCGGACUAUGAUGCACUUGGGGAGCUUAGGGAAUUUGUGAAUGCGAACCGAAUUGCUUUGGGCCUUGAUCCAUUUAAUCGUACUGAUCCUCGCUGGUAA